AUGGGGUUCUCGGGGGCGCUGGGGCUGGUGUGCGUGUGGUGUGUGGCGGUGGGGGUGGGGGUGGGGGUGUGCGGGGCUGUGAGUCCGUGGUGUCCGGAGCGAUGUGACUGUCAGCCUCAGCACCUGGUCUGCACGAACCGCGGGCUGCGGCGGGUGCCCCAUCCUCUCCGCGACGCCCAGCACGUCCUCACCUACAGCCUGGGGGGCAACUUCAUCAGCAACAUCUCGGCCCCCCGCUUCACCCGCUUCCCCGGGCUGCUGCGCCUGGACCUGCAGUACAACAAGAUCGAGCUCAUCCACCCCAAAGCCUUCGACCGGCUGUCCAGGCUGGAGGAGCUGUACCUGGGCAACAACGCGCUGUCCAGCCUCCCCAGCGGGGCUUUCAGCUCCCUCGGCAAACUGCGGCUCCUCAACAUCAACGACAACCGCCUGAAGAAGCUGAGCCACCAGCUCUUCGCACACCUGGACAACCUGAUCAAACUCAGACUGGACGGCAACGCGUUGGAGAUGCUGCAGGACGCGCUCUUCAAGCGUUUGGGAAAGCUGCUUUCCCUGCAGCUGGAGUCCAACAGGAUCCAGGCUCUGGGAGCGGACACCUUCACCAACCUGGGGCAGCUCACCUACCUGAACCUGGCCAGGAACAACCAGACCUCGCUCCGCAACGCGGCCGUGUUCGCUCACCUCAGGUCCCUGGCCACCCUCAUCCUGGCCCAGAAUCAUAUCAAGUACAUCGGACACCGCGUCUUCCAGUCGCUCCAGAAACUCUCCAAGCUGUCUCUCAGCCACAACAAGAUCUCCCACAUAGCCAUCCAGGCUUUCGAGGGCCUCUCUGGCCUGAAGGAGCUGCUGGUCAAUGGUAACCUGUUGAGGGAGGUCCCGGGGAGUCUGCUGGACCCUCUGGCCAGGCUGGAGCAGUUGGAUCUCAGCAGUAACCGCAUCGCCAAUGUGCACCCGCUGGCCUUCAAGCGACUGGCAAACCUGAAGGUGCUGAAAUUGAAGAAUAACCAGCUGUCCCACCUGUCGGGCCAGACCUUCACUUUCAGCGGCUUCCUGUACAGCUUGGAUCUGAGUGGCAAUAGCUGGGCUUGUGACUGCAGGCUGGGGGAGUUGAGGAAGUGGAUGGCAUGGGCGCACGCUCAAGGCAGGUUGCUCACUGUCUUUGUCCGCUGCCAUCACCCCACUCUGUUGAGCGGCAAGUACCUGGAUUAUUUGACGGAUUCAGAGCUGCAGGGUGCAGGACGAGCCGACCUGUGCUCCCUCCACAAAAUCCAGCCAUCCUCCAACGUUUCCGAGGGGGCCCGGGGUGACGAACUGGAUGUCCAGGCGGAUCAGGAGAGGACCCUGGACCCAGAGAAAACCAAGACUGAAGAGGACACACUGCACAAGCCUUCUCCUUUCCCCACUGCUGCUUCUAACCUGCUGCCUAAAAACAAGCGUCUCAUUCUCCAACCAUCACCCACCUGGACUGUUACAAUCAGCCCUGACCUGGGACUGAAUACUGGAGAAGAUCUGGAAUCUGAGACCACGGCUGGAGAGACAACCAGUCUGGUGUUUACUGUUGACACCUCCUCCCCGCUCUCUUCCAGGUCAGAACAGUACCAUUACCUGGUAGACUCGGUGGACGAGGCAGCGCCCAAACCAUUGAUCACAGACCCCUGCGAGUUCAACAAGCUCUACAUCACCAACCUGACCGUGCAGGGAGUCACCGCGUCCACAGCCACCAUCAGGUGGAAAGUGGCACAUCCUGGUUUCAGGAAUGCCGUGUAUUUCCGGGUGCUGUUUGACAGGUUUGGCCAGCUGGUGGCAUUCCACCGUUUCAUCUACGUGAAGGACCGAUCAGACUGGGUCACACUGAGGGAGCUGCGGGAGGAGACGCCUUACAUUGUGUGCCUGGAAAGUGUCAUCUCGGAGCGUGUGUGCCAGGUGGCUUCUCGGGAUCAUUGCCUGGGCAUCCUCACCCUGCCCCUGACCAGAGCACCCCUGGGAGUGCAGCAUUACAUUUUGAUAUUGUCAGCCGCCAACGCCUUCCUGGUGAUCCUGGGCUUCUCCAUCUGGAUAUCCAAAAUGCUCCGCAGGAAGCUGCGAAGGAGAAGAGCCCCAGUCAAUGUGCGGCGAAUGUACUCAACCCGCCGUCCACUCCGCACCAUGGGCUCCGGGGUCUCGGCUGGAGAUUGCGGAGCUUUCCCAUCCAACAGGGCGCGAUCGGUCAUGUACCAGAUCAACGAGGCUGAUCUGAUGGACUUCCAGGCAGAUCGGCUCAUGGACAUCAAUUUAAGGAGAGAGGACAUAGGACAAAUACUGAGUAAUGAAUUGCUGAAGGAAAUUAUGUCUAUCAUGGUUAAGAAAGUGCCAUGUAUUCAGCUGUCUGUGUGGAUGGUGUAAAUGACCCCUUUUGCUAAAACCUAACAAAGGAAUGUUAUUUCCAUAACAGAAAUGUUGAGAAUUAACUUUAUUUCUUUUACCUGUAUUUCUUUUCAGUACAUUUCUAUCCUUAGCAAUUAACAAAUUCUAAAAUUCGAUUAAACACUUCUUUGGUCUGUGAUCAUCAGGAUUUAUUGCUGAUGAAUGAAUAUAUAGGAGUUUUGAUCAACUUUUAACAACAACAACAAAUUAUAUUUGUAUUGUGCCAUAUACUUUGAGAGGACGUCCCUAGCUAUUUUGGGAAAGAACCAGAAAAUAGACUAGAGUAACAAUCUUAAGUUUUGAGUGAUGAGUAAAUAUUAUAUUUCUAUUUAAUACUUUGAUUGUGUUCUUUCCAAAGCUUUCUCCAAAUACAGUUAAAAUUGCUCCUUUGGUCGCAUUAUAAGUUAGGCAUGAAAAAAUGGGUCACUUACGGAUGCUGUCUUGUCACCAUGUUGCAUGUGUGAGUGUGGAGGAGGUAAUAUCAACAAAGUCUCCUGUGCAUAUUGUGUAUAAUAAUAAUACUUGCAUUUAAUAUAAUGU